GGGUAGUAGGGCUUAGGUGCACUCAGUUAGAAUCCAAUAACUCUUCACAUUUACUAUUUACUAAAUCAAUAGAUGUGCUCAUAUGGAUGUCUGGUUAUAAUAGGUGAGUUCAAGUAAUUCCUGCAGCGGUGUUUACCGAACAAAUACCGUACAUAAUCCCAAGCUCAGUCUUCGUUUCGGUUGUGAAGUGCCCGUUGUAACGGUGUUGCCCUUCAUAGAUAGUUUAAAUAAAUAAGUUGCCGAAAGCACCAUCACUAUACGCCACUAUGGUCGAGGAGGAAGACUUCAGUAACUACAUCUCACACAUCAAAGGCAUUAAAGUCAGCCGACGCGCCAACCUGCGAGGACUGGGCAAUCUGCGCACCGGUGACCAGAAUGUCUUCUCGCAUGGGAGUGUUUUGAGGGGUGAUUUAGCCUUGAUCACAACCGGGCGCAAUGUUUUUCUGGGCACCAAUUCCGUGCUGCAGCCACCGCACAAGCUAUUCAAAGAAGUGCGAAGCUACUAUCGUCAACAGAUCGGCAGCCACGUGGUCAUUGGCCGUGAAUGUGUGGUUAAUGCCGCCGCAAUUGGAUCGUACGUUCGAAUUGGGAAUGAUGUCAUCAUUGGCCAGGGAUGCGUGAUCAAGGACUGUGUACGGAUAGAGGACGGUGCUGUGCUGCCACCAGACAUGGUAGUAGCGCCAUUCAGUGUGGUGGGAGGGUCGCCAGCUAAGAUCAUAGGGCGGUGCGUUGACGUGGAGUCGCAGUUGGGUGAACAAUUCGCAAUAGACACGUACCACACGUUUGUGGCUAAGUUGGACAGCGCCACCCCACAAACGUGACAAGAGGUUUAGUGUAUACGAAGUCGCGGGUGAUGAUGAAUUUGUGGGGUAUCGGCUACGACUGGUAGUGCUGGGUAGGAUGAUACUGUGGUGGAGGACAGUUGAAGUGUACCUGAUUGCUUUAUUAUAGCUGACGCUGGUUUGCAGGGGAAUUCAUUGUAUGGCGAUGGCGUAGGUAGGCCUACAAGCGUCACCACAUCGGAUGAUGCUGUAUGGGAUCGUGCACCCCUGUGACAGUCCAAAAAAAAGGACCGGUUGGGCACAUGGAGCGAAUAACGGGACAGGUGCAAGCACAGGAGAUGUUGAACCAGGACUAGUUAGUGAGUGGGAUGGCUAGCAUGCAGACAGACCACUUGACCGCACAGAUUGCGUUGAGUAAGACUGGUGGGGAGGACUGGCGCGCGUGUGCGUGGUUGCUGUGAAUGUGCGGAACAUGUGCGCAGUCGCUGUGUGGAGGGCAUUGCGGCAGAGUGUAUUCGGAGUGAGAGGACAAUGUGCCGGAUGCCCGUGUGUACCUCCGGAUUGUCGGAAGUCAGUCAACUUAUGCGACGAUCUUGAGGAGGUCUGAGCGUAUGCACACACAACAACCCGGUGCGAUUUAGGGUUUUAGGUUUCACAUGAUGUCCAGUGAGCGGCACACCUUGCGGAUUGCUACUGUACCUGUGGCCGUUGUACUCGAGGGAACUUCGCAGAUGCGAUACGCUCAACAUGUCAGACACACGCGUCAAUUGAAGCUACAUAACGGAAGGAGUGCGAUGGCCCGUCCGACCAUUGUCAUACCUGUCAGAGAACGCACGACAGUUGUAGUCUAUGUAAUGGUUAGUACGACAAAUGUAUAUGGGAUGUCUGAUGAUGCGACAUAUGCAAACUACGCUCAGCGAAAAGACGCCAGUUGUGACGUGCGGGGGCCCUCCUGUGUGGUGUUAGCAAGGUUUUAAAACAUGUCAAGUGGCUUCCUAUCCCGACAUAUAUGGUUGGUGGUGAUGUAGUGUAUUUAGUGGCCUGACAUAGGUGGUGGUGUUGUUGUAUUUGAUGAACCAUCGGAAAGUGGACAUGCCCUUUCAAUAGCGAAGGAUGCAUGUCAUAGCUUUGUUGCGCACGUUAUUGCAUCACCUGGCUCGUGUAAACGUCUGACGAGGAAUGUUGGUACGUUAUGCUGUCGUGAGUAUCUGGGGCAUAUCAUAUUCAGAUACGAAAGGUCUGACGUACCGCGGGGUGAGUGUGCUUAUAGGCGAGCACUUGUCAGGGACAUGUACCGAACUCCAAUCACACACAGAGGGAUCACGCUUGACCUUAUUGCAUCUGUAAUGAGAUAACAAGAGAUAUUGUAGGCCAUUCUCUGUGUACGUUAAACGAACGUACCAUUCUUUGGGUACGUUUAAAGCACGUGCUUACACGGCUUUGCCAUUGGUUGUGUAGUGACUAAGGCUUGCUGGGCCACAGCACGGCUCACCCAGAGUGCACCGACGAGAUGAAAAUGCGUGGGUGUGGGAGGACUAUAUAUAGCGGAGAGUGAACCACGCUAUCGUAACCUGUGAUCGUUCGGCGUACCCACAUACAAAUGAGGCGUUGAGAGCAGAUGAUAUACACACACACGCACAAGUAAAUUGGAUUCCACCAACCUAUGCCACCUGUCAUAACUUAAUCCGGCAAAGUGUUAAAAUACUACUCUAUGCACACCUCCACAAGUGUAUGCAUACUGUUGUUAGUGCGCGUGGUAGUUGUUGAAUUGGUACGAAAUAGAGCUUGUAUCACACUGCAGAUAUUCGAUGUGGUGUGUAACCAAGCAACUCCCCAGAUGGCAGUCGUCCCUUCCC